UCGUGAUAAUAUUGAUUUUUCCACCGAUCCGUUACAACAUACCGAUCCGGCGGCGGUAAAAGUGGGGACUCACUCUCACUGUUCGCGCCGGCUAAGGUGGCUUCGGCUGUCCCGUCGUUUUUAAAACGCUGAACACCGCGGCUCCGUUUCUCCCCGUUUGCGAGGCUUGUCGGACCAGCGGCCGAUAUCGCUGCCGGAAAGGAAAAAGGGUUUCACCUCGGGACGAGUCUGAAGGGCUCCAAGUGCGACCACGAUGACGGCCCAGAUCGAGACCGUAGGGAACACCUUCAGGAAUCUUAGCUGCGACGAGGAUUACGUGCCUUCCGCGAUCGAACACAUAGAAAGGUUAGGUGCCUUCGGAAUAGGACUGCUAAGUUCCGGCGCGGUGUUGACUACUUUGACGUUAUACUUCGCCGUGGAUGCUUGCCACAAUGUUUUCUACCAAAAAGAGUCGAGUUUCUACAAAACCAGCAGCAUCAUGAUCCUGUCGAUGUAUCCGGUCGCAAGUAUUUGCAGUUUGACAGCGAUAGCAAUACCAAGGACCCAGUUGCUGUCGGAGGCGGUCACACAGAUAUUCUUAACGACGGUGUUGUACUGGCUCUAUCUGUUGCUGGUCUACAUCGGUCGCAAAAUAGUGACGACGUCGCCGCCAUUAAGGCUGAGGGUCGGCCCGUGUUGCUGCUGGCCCUGCCUGCCCUUUCCGGAACUCGAAAUGUCCGACGCCAAUUUGUCCUGGCUCGGGCUCAUGGUCCUCCAGCUUCCUAUUAUCCAGACGCUAUCUUAUUGCAUAUUCCUGAUCAUGUCGAUCGAGGAGCCUAACCUAAUAACAAAAUACGGCAUAUGGCUGCAGCCAAUCUGUAUGACUAGCAUACUUUUCGGAAUAUAUGGGCUGACUAUUACGGUGAAGAGUCUGCAGGAAGUUGCUCCAGAGGCGAAACUGCAUCGCAAAGCCUCGGUGUCCCAGAUGGUGCUGCUGUUCUCCAAGCUGCAGGGGUUCAUUGUCAAGAGUUUGUCGCAGACGGGCCUGUUUCCAUGCGACCCGCCAAUCACGCCGCAGAUCUACGCGAACGUAACCUACAAUGGCCUGAUGCUAAUCGAGAUGCUGUUGCUCUGCUACGCUGCGAGGUACGUUUAUUACGUGGACCUGGAAAGGGAGGAGAACACGUCGGCCGAGGCGACAGAUCGGCCGAGAGACAAGACUACAGAACAAGCGGGCGCAACGAAUAACAACGAGGCCGGCAAACAGCCAUCGUCGUUCACCGCUAUGGAUUUCGCUCCUAAGCUCGCCGUUGCGCCAAAUACCCAAUUAACAAGCCCUCGGAACAACGAGAAUCAGAUUUGAUUCGCUCGUGUGUGCUUUGGUCGUGCGCAAGGUUGUUGCACGCUCGGCUACAGAUCCGGGAAAAAUCGAUCUUGCAUAAGAUCGAGGUGAUUCUGAAGGACGCGGCUGAAAAUAGGCGAAUUUUGGCGAUUGCGCGUUCUAAUUUACCUGGCGGAUGAUUAGAAUUGUUAUGUGAAGAGUAAUUGAAUACGGGAAUAUUGCAGUUUAUUUGUUUCAUUUUGACGAUGAUCUGGGUUUAUAGUAAUUUCUCCCUAAUUCUCCCUAAUCCGCGCUCA